AUGUCCAAAGACAACCGCCAUGAUGGAAGACGGCGUGGAGCUGGGCAGCACCGCCUCGGCCCGAGAGUUAGCCAAGGUGGGGACGGGAGGGAGAGGUCCGGUAGCAACAGCUCAGGCUCUUCGCACGGAGGAGGCAAAAGCAAGAAUACAUCUAUAACCGCUCUGAAGGCAUCUUUUCAGCGCUCCAACAGCCAUGACAAGGUGAGGAAGAUCGUUGCUGAAGAAGGCCGCGCUGCUCGAAACCUCAUCGCCUGGAAUGUACCUCUGGAGAACAAAGAGGAGGAAGUCAAGUCCAAAAGCAACUCCAGUGGAAGUUCCAGGACCCAGAAGAUCAACUCUGGUCAGCACAGGAAUAAGAAACAGAAUGCUGGAGUCGAAAAUAAAGGCACAGCUGGUGUCUUGUUGGAAAAGGGGCCGGAGAAGAGCCCCAUCAAAGCCCGGCAGCCGCGCAAGGUGGACCUGCGAGCGCGCUACUGGGCCUUCCUCUUUGACAACCUGCGGCGGGCCGUGGACGAGAUCUACGUCACCUGUGAAUCCGACCAGAGCGUCGUAGAAUGCAAGGAGGUGUUGAUGAUGUUGGACAACUAUGUGCGAGACUUCAAAGCUCUCAUAGACUGGAUCCAGCUCCAGGAGAAGUUGGAGAAAACGGACGCCCAGAACAGGCCGACUUCUUUGGCCUGGGAGGUGCGUAAGAUGUCUCCAGGACGUCACGUGAUGCCGAGCCAGUCAGCAGACCGAAUGGUUCCGUCUCCAGGUGCACGUCGCGUCCUCAACUUCGGUGGUCCCCCACCUACACUGGCUGUAGCACGGCUGUCCCACACAGACCUCAGCUGGGCGGACCGAGUGAAGUCCACUCAGUCCGUCCCCACCGCCAGUCAACAAACCAGCGCCCCUGUAGAAAAACUAGGUAAAAAGGAUGCUGAGGGCUGGGAGACGGUCCAGCGAGGACGUACCGCCAAGCCCCGCUCUGCCGCCAUAGUUGCCAAGGUCAUUUCCGUCCCGGUUAAAGACCCCCCGAAGCAGGACAGCGUCAAGUGUAAACAGUCACACCCGCCGCCAAAGGAGGAGCGACCAAUCGACGCUGUGUGUCCGUCCAACAAGGACACGACCCAGAAGGACGAUGAGCAGCAAGUCCCUUUGGAGCCGAACCCCCUGGUGGAAGUUGGAUGUCCGGUGAACGGGAACAUGAUGGAGCCGCCAGCCGAGAGUGUACAGGACUCGGGGCAGUCUGUCGACCCACCCUGUGAAGACGUGCCUCCCCCCAUGCCAGCUCCUCCCCCUGCCCCAGCCCCAGAGCCUGCCCCGUCCUCAGCCACAGCCCCAACAACAGACAUUACCUUAUCAGUCCCGGUCCCUGCUGUGGUCCCCUCAACGUCCCCAGGCCUUCCCCAGACGGACGUGCUCGCUGCACUGUUGGUCUUUGGGGACAGUGCGGCUGAGGGCGGUGCGUCGCAGGGCACGGCCACAUCUGCUCCACGACAGGCUGGGACUGCUGUGACAGCCGAGAAACUGGAGAGUGUGUCGGACCCCACAGAGCUUUCCACUCCACAGUCCAUGGCCGAGGUGCUGGCCAAAAAGGAGGAGCUUGCGGACCGGCUGGAGAAGGCCAACGAGGAGGCCAUAGCCAGCGCCAUCGCCGAGGAAGAGCAGCUGACCAGAGAGAUUCAGGCCGAGAACAGCGAACUGGAGACCGACAACGAAAGUGACUUCUCUGCUAGCAUCGGCAAUGGAGUUGGUGGUGUCAAUAUCGACUGGAGCGACAUGCUGGCAGAUUAUGACGCUCGGGAGCCAUGGCGUCAGAGCAACUCAUGGGGGGACAUAGUGGAGGAAGAACCGGCUCGGCCUCCCGGACAUGGAAUUCACAUGCACGAGAAAUUGUCCUCACCGUCCCGCAAAAGAACCAUCGCCGAGUCAAAGAAGAAACAUGAGGAGAAACAGCUGAAGGCGCAGCAGCUGAGGGACAAACUCCGGGAGGAAAAGACGCUCAAACUGCAGAAGCUCUUGGAGAGGGAGAAGGAGGUGAGGAAAUGGAAGGAGGAGUUGUUGGAGCAGGGUCGGCGGAUGAUGGACGAAAAGCUGUUGCACGCAGAGUUAAAGCGAGAGAUUCAGCUCCAGGCGAUUGUGAAGAAGGCCCAAGAAGAAGAGGCCAAGGUCAAUGAAAUUGCAUUUAUCAACACUCUGGAAGCCCAAAACAAGAGGCACGAUGCCCUGGCCAAGUUGAAUGAGUACGAGCAACGUCUCAACGAGCUGCAGGAUGAGAGGCAGAGGAGACAAGAGGAGAAGCAAGCCAGAGAUGAGGCUGUGCAGGAGCGGAAACGGGUCCUUGAAGCUGAGCGGCAGGCCCGGGUGGAGGAGCUGCUUGUGCGGAGGAAGGAGCAGGAGGCUCGUAUUGAACAGCAGAAGCAGGAAAAGGAGAAAGCUCGAGAAGAUGCAGCACGGGAAAGGGCCAGGGAUCGAGAAGAGCGUCUGGCUGCUCUUAGCGCUGCACAACAGGAGGCCAUGGAGGAGCUGCAGAAAAAAAUACAGCUGAAGCAUGACGAGAGCAGCCGCAGGCAUAUGGAGCAAAUCGAGCAGAGGAAGGAGAAGGCCGCUGAGCUGAGCAGCGGUCGACAUGCUAACACAGACUACGCCCCCAAACUGACGCCCUAUGAGCGCAAGAAACAGUGUUCCCUGUGCUGCGUUGUGAUCACCUCAGAGGUGCACCUGUUCAGCCACACCAAGGGCAAGAGGCACCAGCAGGCCGUGCGAGACAGUAGCAGCAUCCAAGGACGGGAGCUCUCUGACGAGGAAGUGGAGCACCUUUCCUUGAAGAAGUACAUUGUGGAUAUAGUGACGGACAGCUCUGUGUCUUCUGAGAACGUAAAGGACGGAGAAGAGAGACAAAAGGCCCGGAAGAAAGCCAAGAAGCUCCGCGCCAGAAUGAACGCGAGAGCGAAGGAAUACGAGAAGUCAACGACUGGCACGAUACAGGCAAUGACACCGGUCUCUGACUCCCCGUACAAGGCCAAGUUGCAGCGGCUGGUGAAGGACCUGUUGAAGCAGCUGCAGGGUCAGGACGGCGGCCAGAGCGCCAACAACAAAAUGUCGGGCCUGGACAGAACUCUGGGAGAGAUGUCUCGCAUCUUGGAAAGAGAGAACAAUGCAGACCAAGUGGCCUUCCAAGUAGGCGGCGGCCUGACGGCUCUGGAACAAAUUCUGCAGGUCGUCGCUGCUUCCUCUACACCCAACGCAGUUCCUCGUAUUCCUCUCAAAUCGCUCUGUGCUGCUGUACACACCUACUACCUGGCAUGUUCCCACUGCCCCGCCAGCUGCUUCGAUGUGCUGUUCAGCAACAAGAUCGUUCUCCUCAUGGACCUGCUGCUGCAUCAGCUAACACUAUACGUCCCAGAUGAGGACAAAUCUAUUUUCGGCCGCAGUGUGAACAAACAAGUCUUUGAGGGAUUGACGGCAGGAUUGCUGCAGACCAUCGCCGCCAUCUUAGCGACCCUGUGGCCGGAUGACUCUGAGCCUGGCAAAGACAAAAACACCUUGAUUUUUUCCCCGGAUGCCAAGGUCAAGAGCUCUGUCGCAGAGUCCUUUAACACUCGCGCUCAAGACCUAAUCAGCUACGUCGUAAACAUGGGUUUGAUUGACAAGCUGUACGGGUGUUUCCUGUCAAUCCAAGGUCCCGUAGACGAGCAGCCGAAGGUCUCUGCUUUCCUCCAGCAAGCCUCGGCUCUGCUGCACAGCAUGUGUACGCUGUGCUGUAAGCUGUGUUUCGUCGUAACCGGACGGACUCCCAGUAUAUUUGACAAUAAACGCCAGGACCCGACUGGAUUGACGGCCCUGCUGCAGUCCACAGACCUGGUGGGAGUGGUGCACACUCUGUAUUGUAUCCUGCUGCACAGCUUCUCGCCAGAGUCUUCUUCCCAGAGUCAGGAACCGUACAGCCCCGGGGUCAUCCAGGUGGCUUUGCAAGGCAUCAGCUUCCUCAACAGUUUUGCCCAGCUGAACCUAUCAGCCUUUCAGUCUGUUCUAGGAGCCGAAGGCCUGUCUCUAGCUUUCAGACACAUCGUCAGCUCGCUGCUCUGGUACUGUACCCAGCAUUCCUCUGAAGAUCUUCUGCACGAAGUCAUCAUCUGCGUGGGAUACUUUACUGUCAACCACACGGACAACCAGGUGAUAGUGCAGUCUGGCCGCCAGCCCAGCGUGCUGCAGAAACUGUGUCAGCUGCCCUUCCAGUACUUCAGCCAACCGUGCCUCAUCAGAGUGCUCUUCCCCUCCCUGAUCUCGGCCUGCUACAACAACUCCCAAAACAAGGCCAUCCUGCAGCAGGAGAUGAGCUGCGUCCUGCUGGCCACAUUCAUUCAGGACUCUGCUGCAAAUGAGAGAGAUUCGGACAACAAGAUAAAGCACAGCGUUUCCCAGCUGCUGGAUUACCACAAGUUGUCUAACCGCUUUCCAAGAGAUCAGUGGGACUCAGCGCUGCAGUUUUUUCUCAAAAAGCCGGAAGAGUGAGGGAGUUACACCGUCUUCAGGAUGGAUAAGCACGGUGUGAAUUUGUGUGAAUUUUUCCUAAUUUGGAGUCUGCACAUGAGCCAAAGUUUUCUUUGGAUGUUCAGUUGUAAAGAUUGUGAAGCUUUAUCAUGUGUUGGUUUAUCCGUUUUCAUUUCUUUGAAAUCAGUGUGAUGUUUGUGAUUAUUUGCACAAAAUAUGUUGUUUGUCCAUUGCAUUCAGAAAACAAACUAUUCCAUUUAAUGUUUAUACAGGCCUUAUGUUUGUUUAAGAUGGAAAAAAGAUCCAUUUCAUAGCAGUCACCAUCUAGAACUAAAACAUUUACUUAUACUGUAAUUUAUUAUUUGCCACGUGUCUCAUAAAAACUGUUUGUGUUUAAUAUAUUGCCUUUGGCUACUUCUGAAUGGCCAGAAUGUUAUUUCUUAGAAUACCAGCCUUGAUGGUCAGCUGAGGAUUAUAUUUUCAAGUUCACAUCUUUUUCUUUUCUUUAUCUCUAUUAGGAGGCAGACGUAAAUAUUAAUAUAAUUUAUUGAGUUAUUUACCUUCAUGUUAAAUAUAAUAAAUAUGCCUGUCCAUUGUUGUAAUUCACUUUUAAUCAGUGUAAACUGUUAAAUUGAUAUCGUGACUGAAAUAUAACAAAGAUGAACACUUG